GCGUCCGGAGCCUGUGCGCCACAACGGGAGAGGCCACAACAGUGAGAGGCCCGCGUACCACAAAAAAAAUGAAUAAAUAAAAAUAAAAAAAAUAAAAAUAAAGAACCAGUGUAGAUGCAUAGGAAGGAAGGUAGGGCCAAUAUACUUCCUGGUGCCUUGAAACCAGAGCUUCAGAUGCAAUGUGGUGGUCUCUCUCCCUCUUUUCCUCUCUCCUUCCCCUCUUGUGACUGAUGAGCUAAGCCCUUUCUCCAACUGUAUGUGAUUUCCUAGUGAACUGGGGGGUGUAUUUUUCCAACAUACAUUAGUCACCCGACUUACAGCAUUCACAUUCAUAUCCUUAUAACAGAUUGUGUCUAAAAUCUUCACAGAUUUCUCACCUUUUAGGGUUCAGAUUUACUACCCACUCGGAGUCUGUGACCCUUACUUUUGGCAAGCCUCCGAACAGCUCUUUGAUGGAGACCCUGUCCACUUUAUUCUUGUGCCCUUGGGUGGCGCAGCACCAGAGAUCGCUUUGCGUAACGCUGGGGGACGGGGGGCGGGGGUGGGAGUGGGGUAGGGUAGUGCACCUUCGCGCAUGCGCCAGUCCGGACCCUGGUUUACCUGGUGACCCCGCCCCCCACUGGGGUAGGUUAGAGAGGAUUUGGCUUUUGAAGGUUUUGAGGGCCCGCCUAGGUAAUUAACACAAUUUACAUUAGUAUAAUGAAGACGGAGUUCCGAGCAACCACCUUGCAAAUGGACCCUGAGAGUUCAGCCUAUCUGUAAUGGAGAUACCGCAGGCCACGAUCUUUGGCUUUGUGAGCAGUUUAUAAUUUAGCCAGAUUUAGUUUCCCCCCCUAAAAAGUCUUUUAAUCACAGAGCGAAAAAGCGCUGCCGCAACAUGUGACAGCAAAUGUUUUAAAGCACGGGACGUUUGGUCCCCCAUAAUUUUGUCAUAAGAUUGUCCAAGCGUUUCUUUGAAAGCUAGAGGACACUGCCAGUAAACGCCAAAAUAGUAGCUGUCGCUUGAACCGAGCGGUGUUACUCUAGGGUGGGGGUGGGACCCAUUCUCGCGCGCCUUCUGCGCCGGCCGGGGGCUUGUUUGCGAACACUGAGGGGUCUGGGCUCCGCGGGGCGGGACCGCUGGGAGGCGGGGCGAGCCGGGCGCGGGGCCGGCGGGACUCCGCUAGUGCGCAUGGUCAGGCGUCCUUCUCCGCUCCGGCUGACCCCUUGUUUCCGCCGUUGGCCGAAACACUGCGAAGGCCGUUACCUGAGCGCUACCGGUCGCCGACAUGGCUGAGGAAAAAGAUUGCUUGAGGGGAGACGUAGAGAAGGGCGAGGAGCCGGUGGUGACCAUUACCGAUGGUGCGUACUCUGGGAAGCAGGCGGCGGAGGAGCCGAUGAAGGUGGAAGCGGAGGCGGGGGCUGAUGCCUGCUCUGACGACCUCAGCUGUGGGGAGGCCGACAUCGACCCAAGCCUGCUGGAGCUGGUUGAUGAGGAGAAAUGCCGGAGUAUCCGCAAGCAGUACCGGCAGCUCAUCUAUAACGUCCAGCAGAACCGUGAUGACAUAGUGAACACGACGAGCGAGUCCUUAACCGAGGCUCUCGAAGAAGCCAAUGUCCUGUUUGAUGCAGUGAGUCGAACGAGAGAAGCGGCCCUCGACGCUCAGUUUCUUGUUUUGGCUUCUGAUUUGGGUAAAGAAAAAGCAAAGCAGCUAAACUCUGACAUGAGCCUUUUUAAUCAGGUGGCAUUUUGUGAUUUUCUGCUUAUAUUUGUGGGUCUAAACUGGAUGGAAGAUGAUGGACGUGAUGCGCUGAGUGACUGUGAUGAUAAUAUAGUUCGCUCUUUUUGGGAGACAGUACAAAAGGAAGCAACGUCGUGGAUGCUGCAAGCUGAAACAUUCCACUUUAUAUUCGGUUCAUUCAAAUCAGAGCCUUCCGCGCGGAAGCCCCGACUUGAGCACCGGAAAAGAGUUCACAGAAUGGAAGAAAACGGGGAUAUGCCUACAAAGCUGAGGAAGCUGGACCUGAGUAGUAAUCAAGAAGCGACAGAGAAAGAAGUAGAAAGAAUCUUGGGAUUGUUGCAAACGUACUUUCAGAAGUAUCCUGAUACUCCCGUGUCCUAUUUUGAGUUUGUGAUUGACCCAAACUCUUUCUCUCGUACUGUGGAGAAUAUAUUUUAUGUUUCUUUCAUUAUAAGGGAUGGUUUUGCAAGAAUAAGGCUUGACCAUGACAGGCUGCCAAUAUUGGAGCCCAUUAAUAUUAACCAUGUGGGUGAGGGGAAUGAUUCCAGUUCCCAUUGCAGGAAACAAGGAGUUAUAUCUUUGAGUUUACAGGACUGGAAAAAUAUUGUGGCAACUUUUGAAAUUUCAGAGGCCAUGAUCACAAACUCGUACUAAAGGUUUUUGUUCUUAGUGUAGGAGACAUUUUGUGGCUUUUCUUAAGCAUCUCAAAAUGGAGAGUAAAAUCCAAACAGAAACACAUAUUGUAUCUCUUGUAAAGUGAAAAAGUAUUUUCAAGAACAUCAGAAAUU